CAACACCUUUGACCUUUACCUUUCGUUUUAAAGAUAGUUCUUGAUACAAAUUAUUUAUUUUGUAAGAGAUAUUUCUAUAAAUAAUGAAUCAAGUUUACAAUAAUCCUUUAAUUAUCAGGAAUGUUAAAUUUAAAGAACAUCUUACUGAGGAAGAAGCUUUAAAGAAAAUCAACGAAUUUAGAUCAAGUGAUGCAGGAAAAGCAUUACCCGAUAAUAAGAAAAUUAGUUUAAAAAGGAUUGCAAAUUAUUUUGUUACUCAUCCAAAUUUUGAUGAAGUUUCUGAUGAUCACGUGCUUAUCAGAGAAGGUUAUCCCGUUAUUUUUACUAGUAAAAAUUAUAAAAAGUUAAAGUAUGAAAAAUCAGUUAAAAGAGAAGAGAUAGAUAAUAUGAAUAAUGAUGGUGAUGGCGUUAAUGAGAGCAUUAACACUUUAUCUAAAAGCGAUCCACUUAAAAUUUCAAAACAGAAACCAAGAAUACGCGACAUUCUUAUAUCUAAAGGUAUAGAUCCUAAACCUCAAACGUUGGUUCCGGAUAAGGAUGGGAAAAUGAGAUUGAUCGAAAUAGCGGCUACUCGGGAGAGUUAUGUGAGUAAAGAUAAUACUAAACCAAAUAGUAAAAAAACUACCGCUGCAAAGAAGAAAAAUCAUAGUAACGUUGCAAAACAUAGUGAAAUUGACGAUCAUGUCGGGACAAAUAGAGUUGUAAUUUCGCUGCCAAAGAAGAAGAAAAAGAAAUCAACAAAUGAGGGAAAUAAUGCUACUGGAGACAAUUGUAUUCAGGAGACUGGAUUGAUCCAGGAGAGUAAUGUAGAAAUGGAAAAUGUUGACUCUUCAAAACAAUCUGGAUUUAAUGGUGACAAGAAAAGUGAAACAAAAAGGAAGGAAGCUAAUGGAGAAAGCAAAGAUAAUAGUAAUAUGAAGAAAAUGAAGAAAAUUAAAAAUAGCCCUACAGAGGAGAAAAAAUCCGAAAACAAAGUAGUAAUCAAAACUUCUAAGAAGAGAACUUCUCAUGAACAUGAUAAGAUAAAUGUUAAAAAGAUUAAAGUUGAUAAUUCUAUUGAUGAUGAAGAAAGCAAUGACAUCAACAGUGAAGUCACGAGUGAACGUAAAUUAAUUCAGGAUAUUGAUGAAACGGGAUUAAUCCAAGGUACUGCAAAAGUUAAAGGAGAUUCUUUAAAGAAGAAGAAAAAGAAGAAAUCUAAAGAAGAAAGUCAUAUUACAAAUCUUAAAUCCGAGUUUAAGAUUGGUAAAGUAAAAAAUAACAAAAAGGACUCUUCAAAAGAGAGUGAUUUAAAAAACAAUAUAAGCAUCUCUUCUAAAGAGACUAUAGAUAAAGAUAGUACUAAUACCGGUAACGCUGUUACUAUAAAUAUAAAGAAAAAGAAAAAAAAGAAUAAUAAAUCUAAAGUAACUGAGGAUUGAAUUUGAUG